UAGCAAAUGUAGCAAUGUAGCGAAUAUAGUCCUAUAUAUUUGAAUGGAUACCGCGACUUAUGUCUGUAGCAAAUCGCAAUGUCCUAGUAUUUAACGACAUAUGCGGCUAAUUAUAUUUAAGGACAUUAAGUAUAAAUAGCAAAAAAAUUUGGGUUUCAAUGGUUUUUAAUUCUUCUAUAACGUUUGGUAAGAAAAUAUUCGUAUGAGUUUUGCAAAAUAUUCGCAUUCAUAUAAAUAAGCAUAUGGCCGCAUUAAAUAGUGAUGUUAUAAAAUACAGUAACAACCUCCCUCUUUUCCCACAACUAUUGAAACGUGACAAAGGCUCAUUGACUCGAUUGUUAACUUUUCAGAUAAUGGUUUUAUUGUUUUAAUAAAAUUCCUACAAUGCAAUGCGAUGCAGCAAAUAGCUAUAUUAAUUCUGCAUCGUUUUCUUCACGAAGCCUUUCAUGUACUGGAUUUAAGGUUUGCGGACAAAUUCCAAAAUCGGACAUUGACCAAAGUCAUACUCAAUUUCAAUUUGAAUUAGAGGGGCUACAACGUUUGCUCACUCUAUCAGACCCAGAAUUUGAGAACAACCUAUUCACCAACACACCAUCCGACUCACCAUCCACCAUAUCAACCAACCCAAUUUCGACUUCCACUCUCCCACAAUUCACCCCAACUGUUGACACACCAACCAACAUAUCCCAAAGUCACAGCACAAUGGACACAACCACAACCUCCACCCAGAUCCAACCUACAAGUACCCCAAUCCAGUCCCCAAAUGCCAUCCUAACCCCAACCUCAGCCAAAACCACCUGCACCCUAACAUUGCCAGCCGACAUGAGCCAACCCAGCAAUAUCCCAACCACAUCCCAACCAAUCAUACCACAAACCCCCCUAAUAUACCAAAUCACCACCACCACACCUCAACCACCUAUCACUUCCAAUAGCACAACCACCAUGUUCAAUAAACUUGUUGAACUCCAUCACCGCAAGAAUGACCAUCAACGACAGUUGACCAUUCUCAACAAACACAUCACAAACCACACCGCACCGGCUGGCCUCAACAUCAGCAUUCAACCCUGGGUCCAACUGUCACCAAACCUCAAGGAAGCAUGGGACACUGGCAUCCAGAACUGCAUGUCCCACCUCACAGACAUCCUGCACCAACACCACUCAGAGGAAUCAUACAAAAUUGAUGAGCAAAUCUCAUCACUUUCCACAAAACUAAACGACAAUCUCCCACAGGAGUUGUCUAGCACUAUCAUCCAUAUCGCAAGCACUCACAAACCACCAUCCAAACGCAAAACAGCACCAAAGUCAAACACCAAACAUCAACCGAAGCACCCCAAAACCACAGCAACCACUUCACAUCCCACGAAACCUGAAAACAAGCAGGUUUCUCAGAAAUGGCCACAUCGCCAACAACACAGGGAACCAUCACCUCCCACCUGCAAACCACCAUUACGAGUACCACCUCCACCCAGCAACACUACACCACUACACCCGCCAACGACCACAAUACCAGCUCUAACCAGCAUCAUGCAUUCCUCCAUCAAGCAACGACUGAUGGGGAAACAAACACAGUUCCCCACCAUAUACAACAUGUUCAUGAAUGGAAGACCAAAGAUUUUUCCUCCAUUAACAACCACCACCAAUUCAAUGUAA